UCAAAACAGAUGUUUAACUUAUAUAUUUUUAUUUGCACAGACUAAUUUCCGACAUUAUUUGAUUAUUGUUUUAUUUAUAAACAUGGCACAGUCAAUACUACUGCGUAGUUUUGUGCUGCACAGGCAAAGGCUGUUGUUGUCCACAGCCGCGCGUCUCAGAUGUCUCGCACCGUUGCAUUUGAGCAAUCGGUUAGCACAGGAAGCGCGAAGCGGUGGCUCUAGUGGUGGCGGCGCACUGCAGGAAUCAAGUGGCGGCGGCAGCAAUGUCUCCACAGACGUGCGUCCCAUUGGCGAGAAAAUCAAGGAGAACACAAAGACAGCCAGCUAUACGGCCAUCAUUUUGGCCGGACUGGGUGUGACAGGCAUCAUGUUUUAUGCCAUUUUCCGUGAGCUAUUCUCCAAGGAGAGCUCGUGCAAUAUUUAUUCGAAGGCCCUCGAACGCGUGGUCGAGGAUCCGCGUGUACAGGACGCCAUAGGUGCGCCCAUUAAGGGCUUUGGCGAGACGUCGCGUCGUGGUCGUCGCCAGCAUGUGGCCCACAGCAGCUUCGAGCGCAACGGUGUGCCCCACAUGCGCAUGCAGUUCUACGUGCAGGGACUGCGCAAUAAGGCCACCGUACAGCUGGAAUCGAGAAGGAACUCGGCAGGCAAACUUGAAUUUCGUUACUUGUUUGUGCAAUUGGAUCACUAUCCACGCACCACCAUCGUUUUGGAAGAUAAUCGCGUCUACGAUCCCACGCCAGAGCGUUCCUCGUCGGCAUUCGGCAAUUUGGCGCUCAUGUCGAAUAGUCGCGACAAAUAGAAAAUCCCCCCAAAGACAU